AUGGCACCCACGUACGACCCCAACGACUCCGGCCUGCUCCUCGUCUUCAGCGACCCCGGCGCCGACGCCACGCUCGACGAGUUCCACGACUGGUACGACAACGAGCAUGUGCCGCUGCGCACAAAGGCCUUCGACACGUUCACCUCGGCCGCGCGCUACCAGGUUGCCUCGUCCGUCGCCUCCAGCACCACCGCCGCGCCGAGCCCCGUCUUCUCCGCCGGCUGGGGCGCGCUCUACACCAUCUCCACCGCCGCCACGUUCGACGACCCCAAGUACACGUCGCUGCGCACGCAGCGCUCGCCGCGCGAGGCUGAGCUGCUGGCACGCGUCGCCACGCUCGACCGCCGCAUCUACCGCUGCGUGUACGACUCGGCCGCGCCGCAGCCGCGCGACACGAGCGCCAGCGGCGCGCCGGCGCCCGUGCGCACCGCGCCGCUGCCCGCCGCCGAGGCGUCGCCGUGCGUCGUGUGCACGAGCGUCACGCCCGCCGACGGCUGCAAGGCCGAGUACGACACGUGGUACGUCGAGGAGCACGCGCCGCUGCUCGCAAAGGUGCCCGGCUGGCGCCGCAGCCGCCGCUACGAGCUCGUCGACGCGCUCAUCGUCGGCAAGCAGGCGCGCCCCGCCAACGCCGACGGCGCAGAGGUGCCCUUCUGCCUGGCGCUCAACGAGUGGGACUCGCCGGCCUUCCAGGAGACGGCCGAGUUCAAGCACCUCAUGAACACGGAGUGGCGCAACAAGGUCAACGACCCCUCGCGCAUCGUGCGCCGGGAACGGCGGGUCAUGGAGCUGUACCGUGCGUGGGAGUGCGAGGCGGCGGUGGCCGCGACGAAGCAGUAAGGGGCAGCCGGGGCGGGAAUAGAUUGCUACUUGCUACGACGAAUAGCUGGAGACGUCUCUUAGAGGAACAGGAGUGCUUGGGUGCGCGCGGCCUCGAGCGAUGGCGGCUCGCCGUGCUCAGCCUGCUUCGUUGAUGGCACAGCAGGCGAAGCUGCUCGCGUGUCGCAGUCCCAGUCAGAGUCAAUGGAGGCCUUCU